GCAGCAGCAGCUUCUGUUCAGAAGGCCCCUGAGCCUCCCAGCCCCAGUGCAGGCAGGACAGAGCUGUGUCUGCCAGGCGCUGAGCUGGUCCCAUGGCCUGGGCACUAUUCCUUGGGCAUCUUCUACACAGAGCUGCUUCACCCCCAGCCACAUCCCCAUGGAAAGGGUAGAUGGGAGCAGUCACCCACCUUGCACCCAGUGGGCUCUGCCCCUUGCCAGGGCUGCAGUGAUGGGGCACACAAGCCUGGCGCACUGCUGCAUGUCUGAUCACAGCCAUCUCUGCUCCCCACAGGCCUGGACGGUGAAUCUGGUUGCGAUGGAGACCGUGUCCCUGGAGCACCAGAUCCAGAGCGUGCAGCGGCACAUCGCUUUCCUGAAGAAGGAGCAGAUGGAGCUGCUCCACGACCUGCACCUGGAGAUCCUCCGCUUGCAGAAGCACUGCUCAGAGCUCACCCAUGACCUGGAAAUAAAGGAGCUGGAAGCUCGCCAGCAAGAUGUGCUGGACCGGGAGCUGGAGGAGAAGUGCCGGGCGAUGGAGGCCCAGCUGCAGGAGAAGGAGAAGGACAACCUGGAGCUGCGCAAGGAGCUGCAGCACAAGGAGACGCUGGUGGCCGCGCUGCGCUCCAGCCUGCGCAGCAAGGAGCGCCGGUUCCUGGAGGAGCUGAAGCGGCGCAGCCACCGAGUCACCAUCCUCGACACCGAGCUGCAGAAGCAGACGGAGGCGGCUGCCUACCUGUCCCUGCAGCUGCACGCCACGGCCCAGCGGCUCCCGGGCACCCGGCCGCCCCCCGAGCAGCCGCCCCCGGCCGACGGCAGAGCCCGGCGCCGCGGACACCGCGGGCACCCCCGGCGCCCGCCCGGGGACGCUGCUGCCCGGCCCAGGGACCCCGCGCAGGAGGAGCACGACGCCAUGCCCGACCCGGCGCUCUUCCUCUACACGGCGCGGCCGCACGCCCCGCAGCGCCCACCGCCGGAGCCCCCUGCCCAGCCCCGCGGCACAGCCGGUGCCAGCACAGCCCCCCGAGGGCAGAGGGCCCCACGGCAGCCCACGCAGGAGCCGGUGGCCAGGGCCAGGUCGGCCAAGGGCGAGCCUGGCAAAAGGCAGGGGCCUGGUGCCCACGGUGCCCCCCGGGCCCGGCAGUAGGUGGCUGGCAUGGCAUGACUGGCUGGGAAGGCCUGAGCCUGGCAGCAUCAGAGUGGGCACUGGCCAAGGCUGCUUUGCCCUCUCCUCUUGGAGGGGAAGGGGCAGCGGAAGGAGGAUGUUCUGCUCAAACCUCCUGACCUGGGGAGGAUCCCCCCUGCCCGAGGGAUCUGAGCCAGGUGUGCCAUGGGGCAGGCAGGCAACCCAGCACGGGGGCUGCGGAGGGUAAACGUCCAGGCACCUGUCCAGAGCUUCCAGAGGAAGAAAGAAAGAAGAAGCAAGCAAGAAAGCAAGCUGGCAUUUCUGGGGAGAGAAGAUCUGCUGCUGAUACUGCUCCUUGGAGCAGAUGCUGGGUGUGCUUGCCCUGGCCAGGGGUGCCGGGAUGUGGGUGUGCAGCAGCAAGCAGCAGAGUGUGUGGCAUAUGGCUUGGCACAGCAAGAUGAGUUCAGCUAAGCCUCCAGCCCUGGGCAUCACCCAAACAGGAGCUGGGCUGGAAAGGACCCCAGACGUCACCAGGAAGAUCGUCUGGGAUGCAGGCAGCUGAAGAGCUGUUGGUGCUAUGGAUGCAGGAGGGAUUCCCACUGCACGGGGAUGCUGCAGCCGUGCCAGCCAGGUUCCCAGCUCUUGCUGCCCUGCUGUUUCCAGCAUGGGUUCCUCCUCCCAUGUUACGUUUGGACAGGGUGGAUGGAUGUGAACCAUGAAUGCCAGCUGUGCUGGGCACUCCUUGCCUGCUGCAGCCAGGCUCUACGUGCCACAGCCAUGCUUUGUGUGCUGCUGGAGCAGGGCUGUGACUUGUGCCCAAGUCUUGUCUGGCACCAGCAUCUUGGUUCUCUGCCAGGGCCUGGUUUGUCACAGAGGACUGACCAGACCUCUAGUCCUCCCCUGCUGCAUCUCAGUCCAUCCUGGCACCGUGGCCACACAGCUCGCAGCCUUCAUCCCCAGGGCAGCCUUGCCUCAUCCUCAAACCCAGCCACCAGCUUCAGGCACCCAUUCCCUGGGUGCUGUGACACAGCAGAAACAGGCAGAGGAGGGCUCUGGUGGAUGGACAGGGUGAAGGCCUCGCUGCUCAGGUAUGGAUGGCAUCUGAGUGACUGUGAGCAACACCAAGGGGCAAGUUUCACCCUGGUGGUUUGGCUGCCAGCCUUAUAUCUGGCCUGGCAUGAUGGGCUGGCAAUGCCCACCUGGGUGGGCAGCAGCCUCCAGUGGAACCCCUGCUGCCAGUGCAGCUGGCACAGGCAGGAGGAUGCCAGGGGCCACCAUCAAAUCCCAUUUAAUUUCAUUUCAUCUCAGUUUGAGGCCUCUUCCAAGCCAUCUCCCUCGUAGCCUGGCAGGGCUUAGCCUGUGUGAGCCCCCCUGCAGCGUGCCCGUGCAGGCAGGGGUGUCUAUUUUUGUAGCUCAAUAUUUAUAUCCCACAUUAAACUGCUCUGAUGAGAUUCUCAGCAGCAUUCCCUAGGCCAAGCUCCUUGGGCAGCCCAAACCCCAAUGCGUAGCACUUGCACUAGCAGGACAGAAAUUAGGAGCUUUUGUCCCUUUCCUUUGGCUGUGAUGUGAGUAGUCAGGCUUCAGAGUGCAAGACCCCUGCUGCUCCCCCCAGGGAGGUUUGAGACACACCCCCCCACACCCCCCUCCCCACACACACACUCAGUCCCCUGCUGCUGCUCUGGUCUCUGAGGCACACCUGGGAAGUCUGGGAAGGAGCCCAGCAAAGCUGAGCCCGCCCAGGGCUCAGAGAGUGGUCAUCCUGCCUGAAGCCUGGCAGAAGUAGGCAGCUCCUGGGAGCAAAGGCAAAGCUCUAGCAGGAAUUUUUUUCAGCCCCUGAUGUAUCCCAAGCCACUGCUUCAGGAGCAUAGAACCCAUCAGAGACCCCACCAGCUCCCAUCUGCCCACCCCUCCAGCUGUCACCCCCUGUGGAAGCUGCAAAGACCCCAGUCAGGACUUGCAUGCCCUGGCAGGUGGGGUGCAGGGGCAGCACAGAGGGCACUGGUAACCCCCAGCUGGGGCAUGAGCACCUGGGUAUGGGGGCACAAGUGAGAAAAACCCCAAGCCUGAAUCAGGGCAAGGCUGUGAGAUCCUUCCCUCUUCUUGGUUCUGCAUGGCACAAGCAACACCUGACAGGGGGGCAGCUCCUUGGCCACCUGCUUCCCGGGGGUGCCACACAAGCGAGGUGACACUUGGCCUCUGGAAAUCACUGCUUCUCUCAGGUUCAGAGAGGGUCUGCUGAGGGUUUGUCUCUGUUCUCCUUUAACAUGGAAGAGGGCAGUGUGUGUCCCCACACUGCCUGGCUGCCUUCCCCUCUCCUUCCUAGACAAUCCCAAGACAUACAGCCCGUGGCAUUUGACAGGAUCACAGAAUGUCAGGGGCUUGGAAGGGACCUCGAAAGAUCAUCUGGUGCAGCCCCCCUGCCAGAGCAGGAUCACCUAGAGCAGAUCACACUGGAAUGCAUCCAGGCAGGUCUUGAAUAUCUCCAGAGAAGGAGACUCCACAACCUACCCUGGGCAGCCUGUUCCAGGGCUCUGUCACCCUCACAGGGAAAAAAAUCCCUCCUCAGGUUCACAUGGAACCUGUGGAAGCAGCAGAUCAAAGGAGGUUCUCCUCCCUCGCUCUGCCCUGCCCUAGUGAGACCCCAUCUUGAGUACUGCCCUCAGUUUUGGGGCUCCCCAGUUGAAGAGGGACAAGAAUCUGCUGGAGAGAGUCCAAUGAUCAAACCUUGGGUAAGAUCAUGGUGGUCAUGACUGACCUGAGCACUGGAAAGGGGAGGGAGAGGGCUUAUCCUUCUUCUGUGUAAAUACCUGCCUAGCAAUCAUCAUUUUUAGUGCCUAGAAUGUAAAUGAAGCAACCCUGUCUGAGCUGCAGAAUCCUUCCCUCUCCACCACUAAUUAGCAGCUUGAUCAAGGAGUUGAUCUCAUUUCCAGGGCCCCCAUUGCUUCUCCCAGCACUCUGCAGUGCUGCUGGGCAGGCCCUGAGCCCCUCCCCAGCAGAGCUGCUACAGCAAGGGGCUUGAUUCCUAGCAGGGUGGAGAAGGAGCAUUCCUAUAUCCCCUUCUCACCCAUGCCAUGUGCUUGGGGUGAGCCUUGCACUUUCCCUGGGCCUUGGAGCAGGAAGGAUCAGCCCCCCCCGUGCUGUACCUGCUUCAGUCACUGCUGCUUUUCGUGGGGGGGGAAGCUCUAGAGAUGCUAUAUAUACACUUCUCUCUCUAUAUAUAUACAUGCACUUGUUUUGAAGGGAAAACACUGUAUGAUUGUAAUAGAAAUGAUGUUGAGAUAAAUUAUUUUAACCUUUGCAUUUCUAUAAAAUGAUCAAAGAGAUCAAAAUGAUCCAAAAAAAGAAAAAAAAAAACCAAACAAUGGCAAGAGGACAGCAUUCCUGCUGUGUAACCAGGGGGCUGCUGCUAGCACCUCUCCCUGGGCUGGGGAGGAUCGUGCAGUCCUCCCUGGGCUCAGCCCUUUGGCCCGUGAGGUGUAGCAGGGAGCCCAAAGAGCACACGUGGGUGACCACCAGCACCUCCGAGCCUUGUGUGGAGCAAGCAAUGUGGAACAUGGACUGGUGAAGCUCAGAGCCUGCAGUGGGUGCAACGCAAUAACACUCGGCUGGCCCACACCUUCUGUGAGCCACAGCCUGCUGGCACCUUGCUGCCUACAGGCCAGCAGCCGGGCACCUCUCCUCUGCACCCCCUUCCUCCUGCAGUGCUGUGAGGGCUGGUGGAUUCGGUGGCUUUGCUUCGUUAAUCUCUCCUUUCCUUGUUGCUUAUUGUGUUUCUUUUUCCCCCCCUCAGUGCUCUCUGAGAAAGCAGCGUCUCAAAUUGUGCAACCUUGCAGCAGACACAGGGUGAGGGGUGGGUGGAGAGGAGCUGUGCCCACUCCCCUUGCUGUGCCUGCUCAGCUUGCUGUGCCCGCUCCCCUCGCCGUGCUGUGCCCGUGCUGACUCUGGGCAGAGCAGUCAGGGGCUUGUCCCUCCUGCCCUCAUGAAUUAAAAAGCCAUAUUUUCUGAAUGUCUUUGCUGGGGCUACCCCAGGUGCUCCCAGCUGUGUCCCUGCUGCCAGGGUGCCCUUGCAAAAGCAUCCCUCAGAACAUGCCGAGGAGGCUGCACAGCCUCCCCCAGCACUGUGCAGAGACUUGUCCGUGGCAUGGCCCAAUCCUGCUGUCCUGAGCAGCUUUCCCCGAGGCAGAGCCCGAGGCUUUCUGCAGACCCCCUUGGUGCAGGUGAAGCUGUGUGCAGGGCUCAACUGAUGGGCGUUGUACAGGGCAGCCACCACGGAGGGGUUGAGGGGUGGUCUCUCCUGGGUGACCAGGAAAGGCAGCAGCCACACAGCAAGAAACAUCUGCCUCGAGUGGCUGGAGAGCUGGAGCCAGCCACGGUCAGGGGUUGCUGUGCUCUGCACAGUGCAUCUCCAGGCUUGAGCCCCCCCAGGAAGAAGCUGCCAGGAGGCAGAGGAUUGGCAGCAGUGCGGCACUGCUCUCCCCACCGGGAAGGUCAAUCAGCAGCCUGCCGACGGACGAACACCUUCUGGGACCAAGGCGAACACUUCAAGGUCUUCGUGUGCAGCCUUGUGAACUGGCUCCUGCUGUGCUGGCGAAGCUGCAGCAUCCUGCCCUUUCUCCGGGAACACCAGCCCUGGCACCCCGGCACCCCAGCUGCCCGACCAGCCAGUCCUGCCGUAGCGACGCCGCGGCUGCCUCGCUGCACGUCUGUUCUUGUCACCCUCUUGCACUGACGGCGCUUGGCUGCCAGCUCCUGCAGGGAACACGAUAGGAGUGGAGAGAAAACUCCCUCCCGUCCGUGGGUUGCCUCACGCUGUGGAUAAGAUCAGCACUGCCAGCGUGCCAGGCUGGUGAGCAAGGGAGCCCUGGGAUCAAUGGGCACAGCCGCCAGGGAGAAGCCUGGCACGCAGCGUGGCCUGCAAAAGCACAACGAUGGGAGUGCCCUGUCUCCUCGCUGGGCACAGCUGUCCUGCUCCCCAGAGCCAGGUUCCCCCCUCAGCACAAGCUCAUGUGUCACCUGGUCCUUCGUAGGCUGUGGUGAUGCCUCCUGCUUCUCUUCCAUAGAUUUCACUGAUCUUGUGGCUUCCAAAAGAGAUCCCAGGCCCUGUCCUUGCAGUUAGAGCAGGAAUGUGACUACCAGGCCAUGGGAGUCCCUCAGAGCUUUGUACAACUGAACAGACAGGCCCUUUUCUGCCAAGGAGACCCUCAACCCCUCAGCCCUGCUGGGAUGGGCACCAUCUCUAUUAGCUUGGAUGUUUCAAGGUCACACAGAAGGUCGCUGUCAGCCCUUGCCAAGGUUUUAACAGGUGGGGAGCACACCUCUGCCUGGCCAGAGCCAUGCUUGGUCCCCAUGGAGGGCUCUGGCAGGGGCAUGGGUAGAGAAGCAGCCCUGGGUCCACCUCCUUUGGAUCCCAGAGCAGCUGCAGGGUUGUCGGAGCAGAAACAUUCUCCUUGGCUGAGUUUGUGAAGCUCAGCUGAGGACAACAAAAGCCUGUGCCUCGUGCUGGGGAGAGCCACUGCAGCGGGACAGAUGCCAAAGGUUUGACACUGCUCUGCUUUAUCUGAAUGUCCAUUUUACUACAUGGCACCGUUAUUUGCCAGGACCACGUCAAUGUCGACUUUGCUUUUGAACCAAGUGCUUUUUAAGCCCUGUCAAUACCCAGAGACUAGAGUAUGGAGCUGUACUUUAGGAGUCGUUGUAAUAUUGCCUUUUUCUUAAUAAAGAGAUUGAAAUCUG